CUUAAGCAUAUAGCAAUCACAUAGUUAUUGAAAAUUAUUAUAAUUUUCGUGUUUAUAAUUAAUAAAAUAAGCAUAAUAAUGCGAGGGAUAUAGUUUCAUUCUUAGUACUUGUGUCCCCAGCACCUAGCAUAGAGUAUGGGCUGCAGCAAGAGCUCCCAAUUUAUCUUUAUUUAUUUAUAAAAUAUCGUAGGCAUUUAUAAAUGAUUGAUUCACCACUUCUGGGGAGAAGUAAUGUCCAAUAAGAAUGAUAGGUUAGGAAGGAAGGGUUUUGCUUGCAAGAGAAGUGUCAUUACAGUGCAUCGAAUCCGUCCGCGGAGAAGUCUAGUUUUCGUGGAGCACAGAAUGAUGGAGUACUUGAAGGGCAGUAAUAUUUCAUGAAGGUGGAGAUUCUACAGUCCAGGCGAACUUGCUUUUAAAAAAUGAUGACUAUAUUUCAGUCUAAUUGGUUUCCUUUGCAAUCUUUGUAUGUUUUAUCUUAUGCAUUUAAAAACAUUCCGAGAAGGGGUCCAUAUGUUUCACCAGACUGCCAAAGGCCUCCACGACACAAAAAACGAUUGAGCUCCUCGUCUAAGUCCAACCCCCUCAUUUUACAAACUAGGAAACUGAGGUUCAGAGAGGCGAGCUUGGCCUUUCCUUUUAUUCACGGCUGAAAACAAGAGAGAUCAGUCCCCAAGAGAUGAUUCCCGGGUCCUUCCAGCAAGCUCCGGAGCAGGAGCAACAGCAGCACGAGAGAGCUUUCUCUAUAAAAAGUGGUCCCUAACUUUGCCAGGAAACAGCUGCGCAAACCUCUCUCCGCCCCGGAAGUGCGUCUAGUCAGAGUCUGCGCUACUUUGGCGCGCUUUUGAAAGAGCCUCUUCCUUUCUUGGCCGCCGCUGCUCGCGCUGGUGCAAACACCUUCUCCUUUGGAGCCCGCCUAGCAUCGUCCCCGCAUCAGGGAUGCGCACCCGCGAGGAGGUGGACGCGACGCUGCAGAUCGCGAAGCUGAACCCCUCGGAGCUGCUCCCCACCGUGCACUGCCUGAGCUUCAGCCCCGGGGCCAGCGGGGCCACAGCUGGGGACUUCUGCCUGGUGGAGCUGGAGCCCUCGCUCUGCCAGCAGCUGGAGGCGGGGCACAGUCUUGUGAUCCGUGGUGACAAAGAUGAACAGGCAGUGAUUUGCAGCAAAGAGAAAACCUAUGACCUGAAAAUAGCAGAUACUUCAAAUAUGUUGCUUUUUAUACCGGGCUGCAAAACUCCAGAUCAAAUAAGAACUGAGGAAAUGCCUUCUAACAUAAUUCACACUGAGAUCUUUGGUUUUGCUAACAAUUAUUGGGAAUUAAGAAGAUGUAGGCCAAAAUUAAAGAAACUGAAGAAACUUUUGUUGGAAAAUCCAUAUGAAGGGCCUGAUGCUCAAAAAGAAAAGGAUUCAAAUCAUUCAAAAUAUACAAUGGCAGACUUGCUUGAUCAAAUUCAGGCAAGUGAGGAGGAAAUCCUGGCCCAUUUACAAGUUCUACAUGCCUGUGAAAUUGGAGGUUACUGGAGGAGUCUUGAAUUUGAUUAUGAGAUGAAACUUCUAAAUCACAUAACCCAGCUUGUGGAUUCUGAAUCUUGGCCUUUUAAUAGAGUUCCUUUAACUACUUGUCUUCACGAACUUGGACCAUUGGAACCAGAGCAAAUGAUAGAACACUGUCUUGAAUGUUAUGGAAAGAAAUAUAUGGAUGAAGGCGAAGUUUAUUUUGAAUUAAAUACUGAUAAAAUAUGCAGAGCAACAGCACAGAUGCUAUUACAGAAUGCAGUGAGAUUUAAUCUCUCAGAAUUUCAGGAAGUGUGGCAACAAAGUGUUCCUGAAGGAAUGACAACUAGAAUGGAUCAGCUGAAGGGUUUAGCACUCAUGGAUAAAUAUACUCGGCCAGAAACUAUAUUUUUGCUAAAGGUAGAUGAUUUACCUGAAGAAAAUCAAGAAAGAUUCAAUAGCUUAUUCACUCUAAGGGAAAAGUGGACAGAAGAAGAUAUUGCUCCAUAUAUUCAAGAUCUGUGUGGAGAGAAGCAAACAAUUGGUGCAUUGCUUACCAAGUAUGCUCGUUCAUCAAUGCAGAAUGGUGUGAAAUUUUAUAAUUCUAGAAGACCUGUCUCUUAAAAGUCAGUUUAGCUGUUGGCUAUAAUUUUUGUAUUUGAUGUGUUGAUAUUUUGUUAAUUUUUCUCUCUUGGAGAUGUUGUUUAGGCAUUCAGCUUCACCAUCUAAUUUUAGGGCCCUAUACCCUAUUUUCAUUUCGACUAUUGGGACACUUAUAUAACACUUGUAUAACUUUACAUGUUAUUAGCAAUACUGCAUACUAUUUUAUAUAUGUAAUAACAAAAACAGACAUUUUCCAUAUUUAGCAUCUGCAGUACCCUUCGUCCACUAGAAAAGUUCUAUAAUAAAUGCUACAUUUGGAUCAGUAAGGUUUGAGGCUUUUUGUACUUUGAAAUCUAAGACAAGAUAGAGAGAUAAUGGAGUCCAACUCAUUUAUUUCCCAGAUGAGGAAACUGAGGCUCACAGCAAAUUGCUCAAGGUCACAAAGUUAAUAAUAGAGCCAGGAGUACAACCCAAGGUUCUUUGGUCUGCUUACUUUGCUAUGCUUAAAUCCAUGUGUUUCCAUGCUUCUCUGUAUUUAUUUUUCACAUGGCAAGAAGUUUUUAAGAACUUAUUACGUGAAAGGUACUCUGCUAAACCGAGGAUACAGAUACAAGAAAAGAAGAUCACACUUGCCCUUAAGGAGCUUACAUUCCAAUAGAGGAAGACAACGUAUAAAAGGAAGUUGAAAAGGGAGGUGGUAAAGGUACUGGUUCAAGGACGUGAUGGCAAAGUCUAUGUAGUGAAGGAUGACUGGCUUGGGCCCUUUUUCAAAAUGAAGGUUCUGAGAACAACUCACCAACAGUAGGGGGCCACAGUAGGAGCAAAGGAAGAAGGCAAAGUCUCCAGAGUAUAGUAAUAUUCCCAUUUCAUUCAUAUUCUACAGUGUGUUUAGCUAUUCCCUAGCCUGUGGGCAUCUUUGUUCCCAGUUCUUUGGAUCACAAAAAGUACUGUUAUAAAUAUUUAGGUAUAUAUGCAGCCUUUCUUUUUGACAAUGACCUGCUUGGGGUAUAUGCUUAGGAGUGGAAUCUAUGAGGCAAAAGAUAUGGAUGUUUUAGUCACUUUUAUUUGCAAAAUUCCAAACUGCUUUCUAUUAUGGCUGUACUGAUUCACAGUCCCACCAACAAUGCACCAGUGUUCUUGUCUUUCUAUAACCCCAGUUUUUUAUUCCCAAUCUGAGUAGUUAACUUUCUCUCAUCACACUCUCUCAGGCAGAGGUUAAGUAAGUUUGCUUGCCUUCAAGCUCUGGAACAUCUACUGUGCAUACUGGAGUUCAUGGUGUUCUUUCUAACCCAUUCUCUGUAUUUUUCCAUUGCACAGUUAUUUUGAGAAUGUAUUUAACUCUAAUUGGAAGCAGUAUGAUUCUUUGUAUGCCAACUGAUGUAUCAUCAGUGAGAUGUAUGUCAAUCAGUUUUCUAGUAAUUCUUUUGGAUUGUGUGGAUGUAGUCACAUUUCAGAGGCAGGUGAUGAUGUAUUCGAUUGAAUGGUAGGUUAGGGAUCAGAAAACCAAGGUUUGAGUUUGAUCUUGGGCUAGUCACUUCAUUUCUCUUGGCCUCAAUUUCCUCAUCUUUAAAAUGAAGAAGAUGAUUUAGAGAGG